UUGUUAUUUAGACCGCAAGUUUGGCAACAGCUGUUUCUCACUGUCGGUGUUCUGCUCGUUCUGUAUUUAGUUUACGAUUCCCUGACAGCUAGGGAAAUAUCCUGGAAAGAGUUUUAUGCGAACUACUUGGAGCGAGGAUUGGUGAGGUUUUCUGACGAUAGUUCUUGCUUAUAUAUUUUAGAAUCUGUAUAUUUCAACAUUGGAAGUGUUGAAAGUUUUGAACGUUCCUUAGCUGCAGCUCAAAGCCACUUAGGCAUACCGGCAGAAAACCAAAUCCCAGUUAUAUAUAAAAAUGAAAUUACUUUAAGCUAUUUGCUUCCUUUGGCGUUCGUAAUUUAUUUCUUCCGUUCCGUAAGCAAAGGCAUGCCUAAAGGAAAGGAUGGAAGGAAACUGGGUGGAUUUCCAUUCUUUGGAGCUAUGGGACAAAGCACAGCUCGUUUAAUAAAUAAAAAUGAUAUAAAGGUCGCGUUUAAGGACGUUGCUGGGUGUGAAGAAGCCAAAAUUGAAAUUAUGGAAUUUGUCAAUUUUUUGAAAAAUCCGCAGCAGUAUAAAAGUUUAGGAGCGAAGAUACCCAAAGGAGCUCUUCUGACCGGGCCUCCUGGUACUGGUAAAACACUGCUUGCUAAAGCAACAGCUGGUGAGGCAAAUGUUCCAUUUUUGUCUGUAAGUGGUUCUGAAUUCUUGGAAAUGUAUGUAGGCGUUGGUCCGGCUAGAGUCCGAGAUAUGUUUGCAGAAGCAAGAAAAAAUUCACCGUGCAUACUCUUUAUAGACGAAAUAGAUGCUGUUGGACGAAAAAGAGGUAGAAAUUUAGGUGGAUCACAUUCAGAACAAGAAAAUACUCUCAACCAGCUUCUUGUUGAGAUGGAUGGGUUUUCGACUGAUGAGGCCUCUGUUAUCGUAAUUGCUGCAACAAACAGAGUUGACAUAUUGGAUCCAGCAUUACUUCGACCAGGCCGCUUUGAUCGACAGAUUUACAUCCCAGUUCCUGACAUUAAGGGAAGAGCGUCGAUAUUUCGAGUACAUCUAGCUCCUCUUAAAACGAGUUUGAAUAAAACUGAUCUUGCUAGGAAAUUGUCUGCACGCACACCUGGAUUUUCAGGGGCAGAUAUUGCAAACGUAUGCAAUGAGGCAGCUCUUGUUGCUGCGCGAGAUGGUGGUGAAGAAAUUACUAUGAAGAAUUUUGAACAGGCUAUUGAAAGAGUUGUAGCUGGGAUGGAGAAGAAGAGUCAAGUUUUACAACCGGAAGAGAAGAAAACAGUAGCUUAUCAUGAAGCGGGUCACGCAAUAACAGGAUGGUUUUUGGAACAUGCUGACCCAUUACUGAAAGUGUCCAUCAUCCCUCGUGGAAAGGGCUUAGGUUACGCUCAAUAUCUACCUAAGGAACAGUAUUUGUACACAAAGGAACAACUUCUUGAUAGAAUUUGCAUGAUGCUUGGAGGUCGAGUUUCAGAGGAAAUAUUUUUUGGUCGGAUAACUACAGGAGCGCAGGACGACUUACAAAAGGUGACUCAAAUGGCUUACUCUCAGGUAAUUGUUACGUAUGGAAUGAGCGCCAAAGUUGGGCCGCUAUCCUUUCAAGCUCCUGCUCCGGGUGAAAUGGCUUUUGAUAAACCUUAUUCUGAAUCUACUGCACAACUGAUUGAUCAGGAGGUUCGGGAUCUAGUCAACAAGGCUUUAAAUCGUACGAGAGAGCUUCUAUUAUCAAAGCAACCACAAAUUGAAAAAGUAGCACAAAGGCUACUUGACAAAGAGGUGUUAUCUAGGGAAGACAUGGAGGAAUUGGUAGGGCCACGCCCCUUCGCAGAAAAAAGCACUUAUGAGCAGUUCGUUGAGGGCACAGGUGGCUUAGAUGAGGACACUUCUUUGCCGAAGGGGUUGGAAUCUUGGAACAAACAGAAAAACCAGGAACCAGAGAAGAAUGGAGAGUGCGGUAAAAAAGGCAACAAAUGA